AUGGAAGCAAGAAAAUACGAGUGGGGCGCGACCACGGCACGAAACUCGUUUGCAGAACGCGCCGGCCUCACCGGUGCCGAAGCUGAUAUCCUUUUCAAGGAGGUGACGCUCGAAAUGCUCCAGCGCACUUGUCGGCUACUUCGGUUAAACCACAAGUUGUACGACAAUUGGGGCGUGAGGUUCUCAGCCAUAGCCGAAGGAUUUUUCUCCGUUAUUACUUCUGACUCCCUCCGUAUCUUGCCUAUUUUUCGGCGCCACCUGGAGCUCAGGCCUGAGCUCCGAAAAGCUUUCUCGAAAAAUCCGCGACUGCUGGCUCUGAUCGACAAGCAGGGUGGAGCUGGUGAAGCAGGAAGGGUACUCCUCGCUCCCUGGGUGCCGCCAGGAACGGACGGCGCUGCAGAAGUCGCCGCAGUGGAGGGCGACGUGGACGCCCCGAUGGACUGGCAGGUGCUAGCCGACACCUUUCAAGACUACUUCGCUUCGAUUACAGCGCCAGGCAGCGGCUUCCAGGCCGUGAACUUCUUCUCCUCAGCCGCGGACGGUUUCUCGGACUUCCGUGCUUCGUUCACGAGGAGCGUGACAAGACAUCGGAGCGACAAGACUCAGCGUACACUGGCGGCGGUUAUCGCACGGGCUGCGCUUGGGCACUUCCUCAUUGCGCGUUUCGACGCAGUUCACGCAGCGCAUUUUGGAGGGGCUCCAGCAUCCCUCUCGGUUACCGUACAACGGAAUAAACUUGCAGAAGCCAUCCAGGUCGGGCUAGCAAAGGCAUUCGGCGCCAGCUUGGAGCCAGCGGUUUUCAGUGAGAUGUUGGAGAAUCUGUUUUCCAAGGCUGCCGGUGGCGCUGUGCUUGAGGCGGUUCACAACCAGCAGGGGCAGACAGGCUCCGCGGUCGCCCUCAGUCAAGUCGCGAACCGCGCAGCAAGCGAUGUCCUUUCCAUCGAGUGGUUGACUCUUCUCGAUGUAUGGCUCUCUGAGCACCCUAACAUCCUACAGCAACUUCCUGAAAACAGCGUGCUGCUGGCACUUCUUCCUUCCAGGAGUCAGACGAUCGUGACAAAACACCAGUUCGAUGUGCCGGCUCCCCCAGAAGAAGGCCAGCAGCCCGACACAGCUGUCGAGCCCUACGCAGAGUUCGCUCCCGUCGUGGAGCCGCUAGUGAAGUUCGAUCAAAUACCUUCCGGCGGACAGAAAGGGCGGCGCACCACCGGCGAGAGUCUCCUCCAGGCGGCUGCGAGUGACAAGGCACACGUCGAGCGAAAUGGCUACGCCAUCAUGGGGGGGCUGUCUACGGCUGUCAUGUUGGAUCAGCCGGGAUCUCUCUCAUUCGUUUCUCGCCUUCUUCUUCGUCGCUCCGCCGUCAUCGGCCGUUCCUCGUUGCACGACGAUGAAGCCGUUUGGAUCACCGAAAUGAGGGCCUCGGCAUUCAGGAUUAGGAGAAAGCUGGUGGUCUGGAAGGAAGGUCUGAAGGACCCCGACCUGAAAGACGCAACGGCACUGAUGCAAUGCCUUGUGGCGUUGGAUUUGAGUAUUGGCCAUUACCGGUACCUCGACACGACCUACGCGAUUUUUGAUAGAUCGGAGGCCGUGAAUCCUGCGAUCGCGAGUCUGGUGACAGAGAUAGAGCGUCACUGGCAACAACUGGGAGUUGUUGGAGAAGGAGCUUUGGACCUACGUCGUUAUCUACUUGCUUCCAUGGUUACGGACUACCGUAUUUGGCACGAGAGUGCACCGCCGGAGCCGAGAACGCCUGAGGGGCUGUUCCGAAAUGUCUACAACAGUAGGUUGUCGCCAUAA